CAGCUGCCACCCGAACCAAUAUGGCGGCUGGGCACGUGACCCGGGGCAGCCGGAUUUCCGGUUCCCGCGGCGACGGGGCGGAAGCGAGGAGAGACGCAAUCUCUGCCGUCGACGUUAGUCGCUGCCUUCGCUGUUAACGUUCUGUUAUGAGUUGCUAAAAUCAUGGUGAAAUGUUGCUCGGCCAUUGGAUGUGCUUCUCGCUGUUUGCCAAAUUCCAAGUUAAAAGGACUGACAUUUCACGUAUUCCCCACAGAUGAAAAUGUCAAAAGAAAGUGGGUCCUAGCAAUGAAAAGACUUGAUGUGAAUGCUGCAGGCAUUUGGGAGCCUAAAAAAGGAGAUGUAUUGUGUUCCAGGCACUUUAAGAAGACAGAUUUUGACAGAAGUGCUCCAAAUAUUAAACUGAAGCCUGGAGUCAUUCCUUCUAUCUUUGAGUCCCCAUCUCACUUACAGGGGAAAAGAGAGAAGCUUCACUGUAGGAAAAACUUCACCCUCAAAACCCUUCCCGUCACAAACCGCAAUCGCCAGUUGGUUGGUGCUUCCUCGUGUGUGGAAGAAUUCCAAUCCCAGUUCAUAUUUGAGCAUAGCUACAGUGUAAUGGACAGCCCAAAGAAACUUAAGCAUAAAUUAGAUCAUGUGAUCAGCGAGCUAGAAGAUACCAAGAAAAGUCUGCGGAAUGUUUUAGACCGAGAAAAACGUUUCCAAAAAUCCUUGAGGAAGACAAUCAGGGAAUUAAAGGAUGAAUGUCUCAUCAGCCAAGAAACGGCAAACAGACUAGAAGCUUUCUGCUGGGAGUGUUGUCAGGAAAGCAUAGAACGAGACUAUUUCGUGAAGUGAUUUUGUGUUAUGUCCUACCUAAAACUGACAUUGGUACAGCCUUUUAGAAAAUAAUUCUCACUUACCAUCAGUAAAUAGUACCUGUCAUUUAGAGUGCUUCCUUGGGUCCUCUGCAGCAUUCCGUAUUAUAGUUGUUAUCAAAGGCUUCUUUUGAAGACAUGCAGAAAUUUGCGCUCAGUUAUGUUUUUGUGUGACUUGUGACAAUUGUGUUUUUGUAGACCUAAACUAGUGCCAGGUCACUAUUGUAAGAUGUUAAAAGAUCAAGAAAGUUCUGCAGGACUGAGGAAAUUAUGUCAAAUCAGCCACAUUAAGCUGUAGUGGUAGGAACUUGGUACUUCUUCAGCGGCCUCAGAUUUUUGGCUUCAAAGGAGUGCCUUUACUUAUGUGUGCUUUAGGGUAAGUACGUUGAAUUGUACUUGAAAUGUACUUUACUAUAAAGCAGAAUUCAUUUAUAACACAAAUCCAUCUUGGAUCCAAUCCAAGGUGCUUUUGUUACCAUUAAUAGCAAAAGAUCUUUUUACAAGGCAUCCCGUGGCGCUAACCCUGAGAACAGCAUACAGUGCAGAACUUCUGACUUUUAAUGUUGUUCAGAGCCAAGUUAAGAAGACCCCUGAUGAAGUUUCAGUUUUUCGGGACACACGUCAUCCUCCUCACUAGGAGCACGUUGAUGUAAACCAGCCUAGCUUUAAAAAAUGGUAAAGGGUCAUAAAUCUGAUUUUUAAAUGGUUCGUUACUCUGACAGUUCUCCUGAACAUUUUGUUUCAUGAUUGUUAUUUCAUCAUAAAAAUAUAUCUUCAAAAUCCGAAUGCCAGCACAAGCUGGAUACUUUGAAUGCUGCUUAUAUUUUGCAGAAAGUAAUAUUGCUGGCAUUUUUAAAAAUACAAAAUAUAGAAGAAACCAUUUAAAAAUAAUGUUAUGGCUCUUCCAGUUGAAAUAGGAUUGGAGAAAAGGUUACAAUAUUUCCUUUAAUUAGGAGAGUAGAUUACUAUCCAAGAGGUUUUAUUUAAAGACUAGGCAAGGAAAACAGCAGCUUUAGAAUAGCUUUUUGCUGAACUUACAAAAGAAUAACUCUUAGCUAUUUUUUGAUUGAUUCAAGUAUCAGAAAUUUAGGUUGUCUCCUAAUUUCUUAGUAAAAACAACUGAAAUUAAGAGCCAUAGAUACUGUGGUUAAAGUAAAAAUUACUAGCCCAAAGCCAAAUUCUACUUUGAAACACAUGUACAUCUAUGAACCUCAUUCAGGUGUCUAUGCUAUAGUAGUUAGAAUUUGAGUAUCAGUUAUUUCAGUGUGUUAACUAGAAAUGAACUGUGUUUUGUGCUGAAAUGCUCAUUGUCAUUUUAUUUGUGUUAUAUUAAUAUCAGUAAGGAUAUGGUCACGUGAAUUUUUUUUAUAUUUGAGAAUUUUCUGUGUUAAUGCAUGUCAUAUUUCUAUGUAGGAUUCCAAACCUUCCCUCUAAACGGGAUUUUACCCACAUUUGAGAAAUGAGUAUUAUGCUAAGAAGAAAUCACCAAGGUCAUCUUUUUACUACCUUAAAACAAAACCUCUCAUUAGCUACUCAUUAUUUAUUUUAGUUAUUUAAUUUUGAAUUCAUAAUGGACACUCUAAUGGAGUUUGGGUGUGAUCUUGGAUUUUAUGGAGAUUCUGUGAUAGAGGUGGAGACCUUUUCCCUCACCUUUUUUUUUGAGUAUAAAAAUUAAAGUCAAUGGAGAAUGGAGAAAAGUAAGAGGAUAGCUCCAAUUCUGUGGAUCCAUUGUCUAAAUUCUGUUAUCCGGUGUCUGAUUCUAGCUCUCUACUGGCUGCUUAGAAUAAAUCAAGCACAGGAGACCUC